GGUAGUCACAAUGUAUCACAAUAAUAUUCUUACAUUUGAACUAAUGUUUUACUUAGCAGCAUAUCAUGAAAACUAAUAGUCAAUAAAUGUCAUCUUGAAAGCCUUUUUGAGUUUUUUUCAAAAUAACUCAGUUCACACUGAAUAUAAACUACCAAUAAACAAAACAGAGUAAGUAAUUAUUCAAAAAAUAGCAAGCACAUUAACGAAAUCGCUUUGAAAUUAAUAACACUGCAUAACAAUUAUAAAUAUAACCUCAAAAAAUAAAUCAGUUUUGGAAUUUAUUUUUGAAAAAAUAAACCCAACUUAAAUCAUAAAAAACUGAAAUGGCCCACUAUAAAGGAGCUGCCAGUGAGGCUGGCAGAGCCAUGCAACUUAUGAAAAAAAGGGAACAGCAAAUGCAAGACAUUGAGAUAAGAAAACGUAAAAUAGAAGAAGAUUUGAGGAUAAACAAUAUUGAAAACAAGUUUGCUGCUCAUUAUGAUGCUGUGGAACAACAACUUAAGACUUCUACAAUUGGUUUGGUAACACUCAAUGAAAUGAAAGCUAAACAAGAGAACAUAGUAAAAGAAAGAGAAAAGAAGUUGGCUCAAAAGCAAGCUGAAAAGGAACGGGAACGCCAAAAAAUUUUAGAAGCAAAACAAGCAGAAAAGAAUAAACAAAAGAGACAGAUUCUGGCAUUAUCAUUUAAUUUAGAAGAGGAAGGCGAAGAAGAUGAUGAAUCAGAAGACUUUAGAAUGGAAGAUGUAAAGCCUGCCAAGAAAGUUCGAAAAGAUCCCACUGUGGAUACUAGUUUUCUUCCUGACAGAGAAAGAGAAGAGGAAGAGACGCGAUUAAGGGAGGAAUUGAGACAGGAGUGGGAACGAGAACAGCAAAGGCUUAAAGAGGAAGAAAUGGACGUCACGUUCAGCUAUUGGGAUGGAUCCGGGCAUCGUCGUACUGUUAAAGUUAAAAAGGGAAACUCAGUAUAUCAAUUUUUACAGAAAGUUCUGGAGCUCCUAAGAAGGGAUUUUUCAGAAUUAAGAACUGUUAUGGCUGAUCAACUUAUGUAUGUGAAAGAAGACCUAAUUUUACCUCACCAUUACACAUUUUAUGACUUUAUAGUUACUAAAGCAAGGGGUAAAAGUGGACCACUAUUUAAUUUUGAUGUCCAUGAUGAUGUACGUAUGGUAAGUGAUGCUUCUGUGGAAAAAGAAGAUUCUCAUGCAGGAAAAGUGCUUUUAAGAAGCUGGUAUGAGAGAAAUAAACACAUAUUUCCAGCAAGUAGAUGGGAACCCUAUGAUCCUAGUAAAUCUUAUAAUNCGCUCGUAAAAUUACUAAGACACGGAAGGUAUUUAGUGAACUUCAAAAAGUGA